AUUUGGACGCUCCGCAACUUGCUGUUUAUCAAUGCCUCUUGACAGGAGGAGGGUUUUUCUUUUGCGCUUGCUUUUUCUAGAAGCAUGACAACAUCCUGGCUGCGGGAGAGGCAAGGAAAGGAGAGAGGGGUCGUGGAGGGAAGCGGAACAGGGAGAGGCCCCGUGGGACGCCGGGGUCUGGGGGACAGCAGGUAGCAGCGAGCCGCCCUCCCAGCUGUCACUGCUGCUCAGAUUGUCACGCUGCUAUGUGGCAGGUGCAGCCUGGACUGCCACUAGGUCUCCACUCCACAAAGGCAGCGACCGGCCAAGGCAGUGGCUGGCCCUGGAUUACACGAGUCCAGACACUCGACUAAGUGAGGUAAGGCGACAGGUGUGAAAGGCCAACGAAACGCUCAGAGCACCAGCAACUUCACCAAAGCUCUGCUACCGCCCCGAGGAGGAAUCAGCCCAUUUCCCCCAGGCGGUGUGAUGAAAAGCUGGAAGACCCAGAGGAAGGCCAAGGCUCAGGUGCCCACAUGAUCAGCACAGCCAGGGUACCUGCAGAUAAGCCAGUACGCAUUGCUUUCAGCCUCGACAAUGCCGCAGAUGAUACACCACCUGAAGAUACCAUUCCUCUGGUCUUUCCAGAAUUAGAGCAGCAACUACAGCCUCUGCCGCCUUGUCAUGACUCCGUGGAAUCCAUGCAGGUGUACAAGCAGCACUGUCAGAUAGCAGAAGAAUACCGCGAGGUGAAAAAGGAGAUUGCCCUGCUGGAGGAAAGAAAAAAGGAGCUCAUUGCGAAGCUGGAUCAGGCAGAAAAGGAGAAGCUGGAUGCCGCUCAGCUGGCCCGGGAAUUCGAGGCACUGACGGAGGAGAAUCGGACACUGAAGCUGGCCCAGUCCCAGUGCGUAGAACAACUGGAGAAACUGAGAAUCCAGUAUCAGAAGAGACAGGGCUCGUCCUAACUUGACAUGAUUCAAUGUGAGCGUAAGAGGCUGGUGACUGCUGUGCGCUGGCCAAAAGAUUUUUUAUUUUAAAGGGGUAGCGAGUAAAAUCUGUUGCUUCUCCUUAUUACACACACGGCCAAAGUCUACACUAAUGAAUUGCAUGCUUGUCAGUCUAGCUGGACAGAAGGGCUAUUUUCUUUUAAAUAAGAUAAUGCAAGCAAACCUUUACCAGAUGUUUUUAGAGAUCAUAAUUCGUUUCAAAACAUUAUUUUCCCCUUAUUUAGCAAGGUAUGAUCAUACUGUAUAUAUCUGGGUAGAAAAUGAUAGAGAACAUUGACUGUUUCUACUAAGAAUCAGAAGCAGAAUUCAGCCAUGAAACAGACUAGUAAGAUGCUCACUGCAGUUUCACAUCGGUGUAUUUUUAAAUUUAAUGUCUUUAAUAUUUCAACUGUGCUCCAAUGUGAACUGUCAGAAACUUCACUGCGUAUAUUUAUGUUCACCAGUUAGGUUUAAUCGCUCAGUGAUUGAUUGCCCUAAGAAUACAUGGUUGCAUAUCCUAAAAGCUUUCUCAUGAAAAUAUGAGCAGCAAGCAUGUUUAUAUCGGUACACAUUUGCAGUGCCAACUUGCUGUUGUAAUAAAAAACCGAUAAAGGUGUAUUUUCUUCAUGCCAUGUUACCUCUUGGUAAACAUUUCUGCCUUUGCUUGUGUGUGUUCUGGGGGAAACGGAAAGGUAUUGUUUGGGCAUUACUUUGGUGAGUUCCCAUGUAAACAUCAGUAAAAUUCUAACUACCCCUCUGUUUUGUUUAAGGAGAUGUUUUGGGUCAAUGGUGACUAAUAAGAAUACAUGAGUAAAUUCAGGAUUAAUAUGAUCGUCCCCUGUUCUAUCUAUCACAAUAUUUCCCCAAACUGAUCUCUUUCGUUUAUGUCCAUUUCUAUUCUUGUAACUUCUUUUUCAUUAAACAUGGAUCA